UUUUUAUUUUUUCAAUAUUUAAUGCCUUUAUAUUAAUUAAGAUUUAAAUUAAUUACUGAUAAUUAUAGGAUAGUAAAACAAUUUUACAUUUUAUGGUUUUGUAAUUAUUUAGUUAGUAGUAAUUAUAAUAAUACGUAAAUUGUAUAGUUAAGUACAUGUGUAAUAAUUUUAUGUUUACUUUUUAGGCACAUUUAAAAAAUACAAAAAAAUAUGUUAAAUUUAAAAGACUACGGGAGUAGUAGUGAUGAAGAUGGAUCUUUAGAAAACAAACCAUCAAAUUCACCUGUUGACAAUGCAAUAAAUGUUAAUGAAUUGAGUAAAAAGUUUGCAGUAAAUGCAGCACCUGACAUUUUGCCACCAGUAAAUAAAAAACAAGAGUAUAUGUAUUAAAAAAUUUAAUUUGAUCAAGCUAGAAAAAAAAUCUAAAUCAAUUCUAAUUUUUUUAAGUUUAGUGUUUUAACUUUAUUAGUGAAUAAUUAUAUCAAAUGUGUCACCUUAAUCUUAUAUUUUUAUGGCACAGCCUUGUUGAAUAUUUUAGUGUAAUUAAAAUAAUGGAUUUUUUUAACUGUUCACAUAGGCAUUCAUUUAAGUUUUCAGCCCAUUUAGGAACUAUAACUUGAUAUACUUGAGUUGGAGCAUUACUUUUGAAGUAGAGAUUAAUUAAAUGGACAGUAUAUUAUGUGUAUAUUAAUCAGCUACAACUAAAAGUAGUUUGUAAUUCUGUGAUAUUUUAAAUAUAAGAUGUAUAUAUUUAAACCGUGAAAGAAAAUUCCUGUUAAAAAAGGCCCAACACUAAGAAAAAGUCAAUUAAUUAAAAAAAAAUUAAUUAUUACGUGAAAAAAAAAAAAUAAAAAUACAACAAUAUAUAAUUAUUAUAAAACAAUUUACAAUAUAAUGUUUUAAUCAAUUAUGAUAGUUGAUGUUAGAUUAACCAAUAGUCUUUUUGAGCGGAAACAUACAAACUUUUUACAAUAAUAUAGAAUGUAUGGUAUUUAUUUAUGCUAUAUAGUAAUUUAUUUAUUUUUUAGGGAAAUAAUACAUCAGUUCAGUAUGUAGAUGUUGGAACCAAAGAAAUCACUCGAAAUAUGAAAUAUGAAGAGCUCUUUACACCCAUUGCAGGCCCAGAAAAUCCAUUUUUAACACAACAGCAGAAAGCUCCAAAAAACAUGAUGACUGGAUUUGUUGAAAAAGCACAUAUUAGUGAUUUUAUGUUUGAAACUCAGAGAAGAACAUUUCAUAGUUUUGGUAUAUUAAAAUCACUUAUUUAUUUAUAUACAUUCUAAAUGAUAGAUUUUAUAUUACAACACAUAGUAGCUGGUGAAGCUUGUUUUGAAGAUUAAUAUUAGUACAAUUUAUAUUUUUUGAGCAGCGACCAUAAGAAAUUGCUAUUUAUUUCUAUUCUCUGGUUUCUUCUUCAAUUCUAGAAAAGAUAUAACUUUGAAAAUUUCAUUAUUUGUUUUUUUUCUGUGGUGCCCUCAAUUACACUUACUAACGUUCAGUUUUUGAAAUUUUUAUGACUAUAUAUUAGGUUAUGCGUUGGAUCCUACAGUUGACUCUACUGAAGUUAUUGGUCGUAAACCUGAUGACACUGAAGAAUUUAAAACAGUAUUUGAAUCAGUACCAAAAAGGCCAGCUGAUAAAAGAAAGCGACAUAAAAAUGACAACCCAGAAGAUAUUGAUGGAUACCUUGGACCUUGGGGAUGUUAUGUUGAUGAACAAAAAGUAGCAAAACCAGAAGGAGUAAGUUAAAAUUUAUUUGUUACUUCAGUAGUAUCUUUGUGUUGACAAAUGUGCGGCUUAAAUAUUUUUUUUUAAUUAUUGGAAUUCAACAAAAAAUGUUAAUGUUUAUGGGUAUUUCAUUUAGUAAGAUAAAUAUUAUAUACUAUGUAAGGAUAUAUAUUAUAAACUAGGUAUUUAAGUAAUAUAGUUAAAAAGAGGAAAUAUUUUUUAAAUUAGACUUGACUAGAAAAUAACGAGCAUAAGUAUUUAUUAAUUUCAGGUACUUCCAUUUAUUUCUUACCAGAUUAAAAAAAAAAAAAUUAGUUUUGACAAAAUUUUUUGGAAUUAUACCAUCUUAAUUUAUUCAUAGCUUUUUUUUUUUAAAUUUUAUCCUACAUUUUAAUAUUUUACAUAAUAUCAUCAGUAUUAAUGAAAUUAAAUAUUAAUUAUACAAUAAAUUUAUGUUUUCAAUACACAUGCAAGAUGUGCAUCAAAAAGCUUUACUCAUAAAGUAGUAACUUUUUUUUUUUUUUAGAAUUUAUGUUUUAGAAAUAAGAAACAAGCAGUUCUAAAAAUUUUUGUCACCCUUAUUCAUGAGAGUGAAAUUGUUACACACUUAUUUUUGAAAUAGCAAACAAUUUAGAAUUUUAUAAAUAGAUAAUUAUAUCAUUUAAGUGGUGAUGCUGUGUUUUAAUUGUGCACUACUUUUCCCCUAACCAUAAAACAUCAAACAUAAAGUGGAAUGUCAUCAACGGGUUGAUAAUAAUUAAAAAUGUUAACACCAAAAUUUAUUUAAACUAAAAUGUUUUAAUACAAGUUGAUGAUUGAAAAUGAAAAAUGGUAAAAGUUAUUUAUUUAACCCCAAAAAGUAAUGAUAAUAUAACAUUUUAUAACUGCUUGCAGCUUGUUUCUUAAAUUAUGAAAAAGCUCAUACUUUUCAAGAUAAUAUAUAAGAUAAUAAUCUUAUCUUAUGUUGAUCAUUAAAUUACAUUGAAUGAAAUACUAUUAAACACUACAUGUAGAUAACUUAACCUAACCAAGUGCUAAUCAAACAUAACUGACUAAAUAAAAAUAAAAUAUUUAGUUUUGUACUCUCUGUCAAACUUAAUGAUUUUAUUAACAUUAUAUUGAAAAUAAAAAUGUUCAAAACUACUGAGUAUCGAAUAUUAACAGAUGGUUAAAAUGUUAUUAUUUUAAAAUUAAUUUCACUGUUAUGUAAAGAUCUGAUAAUUGAAAAUUGUUAUUAAUUUUUAUUUUGUAUAGGAAGAUGCAGCUGCUAUUGAAGAAUUUCUUGCCAAGAAACAUAAACGUGGCAAAAAAGUAGAAGAUAAAAGUUUCAAAGAAAAAUCUAUACUUCAUAGUAAUAUUUUUGUUAAAUUAAAUUAAAUUUUUUUAGAUAACCAAAAAUUAUUUAUUUUUUACAGUCAAAGAUCCUGUUGAUUAUCAAGGUCGUUCAUUCUUACAUACACCUCAAGAUGUGGGUGUUAAUUUAAAAUCAAAUGCACCACCUGAUAGAUGUUUUCUUCCUAAAACCCAUGUACAUACAUGGCAGGGUCAUACUAAAGCUGUAUCAGUCAUUAGAUGGUUCCCAAGGUCUGCUCAUUUACUUAUGUCUUGUAGUAUGGACUGUAAAGUUAAGGUAUUAACUUUAUUAACUAUUGUUAAAAAUUAAUUAGGUUUGUGAAAAAUAUUAAAAAUAAUUAAUAUUUGUUUAGUUAUGGGAUGUGUAUAGAGACAGAAAGUGUAUUCGAACUUAUAUAGGUCAUACUCAAGCAGUUAGAGACACAUGUUUUAACAAUAAAGGAACAAAAUUUUUAUCAGCAGGUAAAAUAUUAAACUAAAUUAAUGUUCUAUAUUCUAUAUUUGGAGCUUAGCAGACAAUAUACUUGAUCUUUUUAAAUUUAUCUGUAAAAAAUUUUUCUAUUAAAAAUCUUGUUUUAAUUUUUAACUGUAGUAAUUUUUCGAAAAAAAAUAUCUGUGUCACACUUAGAGAAAGUCAAUAUUUUGAUUUUCCAAGAGUUUUCCUUAUAAUUGGAAAAAAUUGGAAAAUUUAUGUACAUGUAUAAAAGAAACUUUGAUCUGUAUCAUUUUUCGUUAGCCAUAGCUAAGUUUAUCAUUGUGUAUCAAUGAUUGACUCACCUCAUAUUGUACACAAAGAAUGUCAGUCUUUUUUUAAAACUUAUUUUUUUUUAGCAUAUGAUCGAUAUGUAAAAUUAUGGGAUACAGAAACUGGAGAUUGUAUAAAAAGUUUUACUAACCAUAAAGUAUUAUACUGUGUAAAAUUCAAUCCUGAAGAAGAAAAACAACAUUUAUUUGUUGCUGGUACUGCUGAUAAAAAAAUUGUUUGCGUAAAUAAAAUUAAAUUAUUAUUUUAUUUUAUAAAAACUUAUCCAAUUAAUUGUAUCGAUUAUUUACUUAAUUAAAUUACAUUUUAGUGGGAUACAAGGUCAGGAAAUAUUGUUCAAGAAUAUGAACGUCAUUUGGGAGCAGUAAAUAGUAUCACAUUUGUUGAUGAAAAUAGACGAUUUGUAACAACAUCUGAUGACAAAAGUCUCCGUGUUUGGGAAUGGUAUUUUCAUAAUCAUUGUUUUAUUGAAUUAUUAUUGUGUUAACAUAUAUUUUGACUUCACACUAAUUUUUUUUUUUUAUAUUUUUAAGGGAUAUACCAGUAGAUAUGAAGUAUAUAGCUGAUCCAAGCAUGCAUUCAAUGCCUAGUGUAACAAUUGCACCAAAUAAAAAGUGGCUAGCAUGUCAAAGUAUGGAUAAUAAAAUAGUUAUAUUUUCUGCAAUGAAUCGUUUCAAAAUGAAUAGAAAAAAGACUUUUUCUGGUCAUAUGGUUGCUGGAUAUGCUUGCUCAUUAGAUUUUUCCCCAGAUAUGAGGUAAAAAAUAAAUAAUAAGUAAUAAAUUAUAAUUACAUAUCUUUAUAAUAUUUCGUUAUGUGAUAUAACCAGACAGCUACAUUUUUUGGUGAAAUUCAUGUUUUGUUUAUUUUUGAUUGAGAAAAAUGUUUCUAUUAUUUUCUGUGCAACAACAAGGCAAAUCCAAUUAUCCAAAUACAGAAUAAUCCUAGUCGAAAAACAAAAUAAUACCACUCCAAAUAUUUUUUAUUAUUUUUUUUAAUAGCUUUAAUUAAUGAUGGACUGGCUAAGAGUUAGUAAGAUAUAUGUCUUGGAGUUGAUGUGGCUAUGCAAUAAACACGCGUAAUAGUAAUCAAUUUACGGUAAUAAUGUCAAAUUUAGUUAAAAAAGGAUAGAUAUAUUAAUUAGUAUAGGAUAUAACCACAAACUAAGUUAUACCAGACAUUUUGAUUUAGAAAGAACAGUAUUAAUUUUUGAAUGGGGUGUCCCAUUAAAUUUUAUAUUAAUUUAAAGAGUAUGAAAAUGUCUAAUAAUAUUAAUAUAUUAUUUGCAUUACUAUUUAUUGCACUACUAUGAAAGUGCAUUAUUCCGUUACCAGUUAUAAUUUUCAUAUUUUUCAAUCGCAAGCAUUCAAUUUAUUAAUAACUGAUUAAAAUUGUGUAGAGACACUUAAAAUAGUUAUCUAAAUUAAGUUAUAUAUUUAUUUUAAGAUAUCAAAUUGGUUUUUGUAUAAAAAUUGUUAAAAAAAAAAAUGGUCAUUCCCAAAGGUUUUUAUCAACACCUGUAUUUAUGUCUCGCUUUUACCAAAAAAUAUUUCGUCCCUUUAAUCUUAGAUCAUGUUAAGAACACCUUUUCAAUUCCCAGGUUUUAUUUACUUGUGCACCACCUGGAUAAAUAGCGCGUACCUUUGGUUUUAGAACAUAGUCUUAUUGACUUUGUUUCUUUCAUAGAUAUUUUUAUUUUCUGUUAUCACAUAAGGAGAACUUACCUGAGUCAGGUCAUUUUAAACUAUCAAGAUAUACAACAGCGCCACUAUACUAUUUUAUGGUUUUUAACAAUCCGACUCAGGUAGUUUUUCCUCCCAAAUUACGAAUUAAGAUAUAUAGGAUUCGCAAUGGGUACUUAUUAGUUGGUAUACAAAACAGGAAACAGUUAACAAAAAAAUAAUAAUUUAAUGAAUAAAAAAUUUGAUUCUUGAAACUUUUCUUAAUAUUUAGAAUUUUUUAUUGGGAAUCCAUAGGCUAUAGUCCAUUUCUAAACCUAUCAAAUCAAUGCCAUUGUUAAUUUAAAGUAUGCUAUAUGUGCUACCUGUACCUAUACAAAAAAGUACUGUAUUGUGUAGUAUGGUGUGUAAUUUUUCAGUAUUUUAAUUUUUUUUUCUUAAAUGAAUAUGAAUAUGUAGUAAUUUAAUAAAAUAACACUAAAUUUAAAUAAUCUAACAUACAGUGGUACUGCCAUACAAACAGAAACUGAUGAUUUUGAUUUCUUUUUAAAAUAAUUGCUGCUACUGGGUUAUGAAUACAUUGUAGAAAAAUUAUUAAAAUAUAAAAGUAUUCUUUAUUUAUAUUUAUAUAAUUUAUUGUUAUUUAAAUUUUAACAGAUAUCCGUGAAAUAAUAUAUUUAAAGGAGAAAGUUUUAAGUAUUAGUUUACUGUUGAGCGAGAAGAAAUUCUGAGUUUAUGAGAUGUCCAUUUAUUAUAAAACAUCAUUUAUAUUAUGAUUUUGUUAAUAGGCCACAUAAAAAGGAAAAAUUAGGUAAUCUUGUAUGUAUAGAUUUUAUUUCUGGACAGAGUUAACAGUUGGUAAUAUUAUUUAAUAAUUAAUUUAGAAUAAUCAUCCAAAUAACAAAAAAAAAGUUUGACUUAAAUAGUACAAAAAAAUACAAUUGCUUAGUAGUUAGGGUGAUAAAAAUGACACAUUUUUCCACGCAUUAAAUUGCACUAGUAUGAGCACUAUGGUAAACAAAAAAGAUGGACUGAACUUAUUACCAAUAAAGCACAAAAGUUCAACAAUUUUUUUAGAGUGACACAAAAAGAAACAAACUAAAAUUGAUAAAAAUCAGUUAAAAUUAUUUAUAUGAUUAAUACAUAUUACUAUAUUAGUAUUCUAAUUAUAAUUAUUUUGUGACUGAUAAAAAUGAUAAUGUCUUGCUAAUUGAUACGACUGUUUAAUAAUGUCUUGUUGUUGUAAUCCACUGUGUUUAUACUAUCUCAAUUAUUGUAUCUUAUUAUUUAUGGUUCAUUAAGUUACAUUAAGUAUCAGAUAAAUUUUUUUUUUUUAAUAUAUCUUCUUGGGAGAAAAUUAAAAUAGUCUCCUAUGAAACAUGGGAUUAAAGGUAUGGUUUUUGUUUUUGAAGCUAACUGAAUGCAGUCAAAUAAAAAUGUGUAAAUCACCAACUCUCAACUAUAAAGGUUAUUAUGAUUCUAGUCAUUAGACAUAUAAAAAGAACAAGAUAAAGAAAUAAUAAAUAUAAUAAUUGCAGAAGGAAAAAAAAGUUUAUAACAUAUUUUCAACUAGAUAUAAAGAAGGAACUUUCCAAAAUUUUAUUAUUAAAAAUAUUUUAUUAAGAACUAAAGUAAAUUUCAUACAUUUAUUAAAUUGACUAAAAAUUAAUUUGAUUUUUUUUCAACAGCUAUUGCUAUUGCCUAUUUCUAAAUAGUUUUAAAAUAAAACAAUACUUUUGAUCACACAAUAUACAUAAAUAUGGUUCAACAAUAAGUUCACAAAAUUGAAAGUUCUAAAGAAAAAUAUCCUAAGAGAAACUAAUUUUUUACUGCAUAGCACUUGUCCUUACAUAUGUCACUGCAGUCAAACACCUGUUGCAUAAGUGUAACUAGGAUCAUAAGAUUAUAAUAUACACAAUAAUGUGUGUAAUCAGUGGCUACUGUAGAAACGAAACCAUACCUUAAAUGUGGUUAUAUACAGUGGAGAGUAGCGUUAGGUGUUUGAUUGGACAAGUGAAAUCUAAUGGGACUUAAAGUUAAGUUCUACAAAAGUGUGGUGAGAUUGACUAUGUUGUAUUGUUUGGAGUGUUAGGUAGUAGAUAGAAAAAUAGAACAGAGAAUGAGUGGAGUAACUUGAGAAGAUAGGAAAGAGAUGAGUACAUAAAGAGUAGCUUAUAUGUGGCUUCAACAGUAGAGAAAAAAUAGACUGAGAUGGUUUGGGCAUGUCUUGGCAGCUGGUGUAUAAGAGGUGAGAGAUUGGGUCAAGUAGAAGUAUAAAAUGAAGAUGGCUAAUCCUAAAUAUUUGGGAUAAAGGCAAAGAAGAAGAAUUAUAUAUAUAUAGUAUAUUUCUAUACUGUAUAUAAUGAUGAAUCAGUAUAAUUAAAGUAUGAUUCUGAGUGGAACUUGGUUAAACAUUUUUUGAUAAUGUUAUGAAACAUCAACAAUUUGUAUUAAUUUGUUUAUUAAUUAACUUCAAAGUAUUUAAAAUUAAUUAAUUAAACAAAUUUAUAAUCUAAUUUAAACUUUAAACAUCUAUUAAAAUAAAUAACUGCAUUAAGCUCAACUUAUUUUGAUAAAACUUAUUGUAGAAAAUUGUUUAGUUUUUCAAUGAAUCUAAAAAAAAUUGAUGUAACUAGAAAUAAAGGUACAAAAAUAUGUAAUCACAAAUCUUGAAGAAACAAUAUAAAUUAAAUAAUCAAGUUAAAUUAAAUGUUUUUAUCUCUGUCUAAUGUAGCUGAAUUCAUUUUACUGUGAUCAUAAUAUGUAGAUAAUUUCUUUUUAUUUCUUAAAAAGAUUUAAAAAAUGAAUCUGUCUGAUUAUUGAACAUACAGUCACACAAUCAUGUAACAUUAAUUAAUAAUUCUUUUUUUUUAGUUAUCUUAUUUCAGGAGACGCAGAUGGAAAAGUAUUUAUUUGGGAUUGGAAAACCAGUCGAUUAUAUACAAAAUGGAAAGCGCACGAUAAUGUGUGCAUUGCUGCACUCUGGCACCCACAUGAACCUAGUAAAGUAGCAACUGCUGGUUGGGAUGGACUAAUCAAAUAUUGGGAUUAAAAAUGAUACAAAUCUUAUAAAUUUUACUU